AUGGCAAAAGCAUUCGAUAUGACCGAUAUGGGACUUAUGUCCUACUUUCUCGGCUUGGAGGUGAAACAAGGAGUUGAUGGCAUAUUUAUGACUCAAGAACAAUAUGCAAAGGCGGUCCUCAAGAGAUUUAGAAUGGAUGAUUGUAAUCCAGUUAACACACCGGUGGACUGCGGAACAAAGCUAUCCAAGAAUGACGAAGGAAAGACGGUUGAUCCCACACGUUUCAAAAGUUUGGUGGGAAGCUUGUGGUACCUAACUUUCACUCGACCGGAUAUAUUAUAUGGAGUCGGUCUUGUGAGCAGGUUCAUGGAAGAGCCUAAAGAGACUCAUUGGAAGGUAGCCAAGCGAAUCCUUCGUUAUGUCCGAGAUACUAUGAAUCAUGGACUAUUUUAUUCUCACUCUAAUAAUUCUCAGCUUGUUGGAUAUUCAGAUAGUGAUUGGGGUGGAGACUGUGAUGACCGGAGAAGCACUUCCGGCUUUGCAUUUUUCGUUGGAGAUACAGCAUUUUCUUGGAUGUCAAAGAAACAACCUAUUGUUACUCUUUCCACUUGUGAAGCAGAGUACAUUGCUGCAUCCUCAUGUAUUAGUCAUGUUAUAUGGCUAAGAAGCUUGCUAAAAGAGAUAAAUUUGAACAAAGUGAAGCAACUCAAAUUUGCAUUGACAACAAAUCGACAAUUGCAUUGGGGAAGAAUCCAGUAUAUCUACAAAGAAGUAAACAUAUUGAUAUACGCUUUCAUUCUAUUUGGGAACAUGUGA